GCUCCAGAUCUGGAACUCGAUCGGUCGUUCGUUCAUGGAGACAGUACCCAUUCAUAUCCACAGAUUUACAGAUGUGCACGUAGAGCAAGAAAGCGUACCAGCAUUUGGAGUGGAUAAAAGGCCUGAUCGUAUGGUAGUCAAAAUGGGAUAUCAAAGUGCAAGCUACGAUCGCCGUGGCCCUGACGGCCCAUCUCGACGGGAUUCAAUCCAGGGAUAUAAAUUUAAUAGGAUUUUCUUUAAAUUGGAAGCUAUCAAGGAGAAGGGAUCCCCCUACCGCUUAAAAUGUAAAAGGUUUUUCGCAUACCUUAUUGCCGAGGGAGAGAAAUGGAUUGACAUCCCGGAAAAAGUACACCGCAAGGCAAUGCGGAGAUUGUUCCGGGUUAUUGACAAGGCUGUCAAUCCCGAUCUGCCGAUUUAUUGGCAGAUUUGGGAGAUCACUGUGCGUACUUGGGAGGCACCUCCUCCCUCUCCCCCUCCCUCUAGUAUCAAUUUUGUUCCUGCUACCAGUGAUUCAAUUGAAGACUUGGAAAGAUUGAUGCUUCAAGUCGUGGGAGACGAAACAUGUGCAAUCUGUUUGGAGGAGUAUGAUCAGCCGGCGGCUCUUGUUACUAGGUUGCCCUGCUCCCACUAUUUUCAUGCUGAUUGUAUUGUGCUCUGGCUGCACACCCAUCACAACUGUCCCUUGUGCCGCCUCGCAAUGCCAACCUAGCUAGAAGUAUGAACCCUCGCUGCUGCUGCUGCUGCUGUUGUUGUUUUAGUCUGCUAGCUAGUUUCUUCCUGCCGAAUAAUUAAUUCAGCUUUCCAAUUUUAUUUUGUGGGUGUAGCUUGUACUGCUUGCUACAUUCAAUCAGCUAUUGGACUUUGGCUUUUCA